UAACAAAGCACAAGAAAGAUGUAGCUAGCUAGAGAAUAGAAAAGAAUAUUUAGAGUAAGAACUUCAUUUUUCCUGGUCUUUGUCCUGCUUUAUUUUUAGGCCCUUUUCUCACGUUUUCUAUCUUCCCUUCUACUUGUGUUCUGCCAAGUUUGUCUUCUUCCUCUUCUUACUCCUUUCUCUUUCAAGGAUAAUCUAUAAAAAUAGAAAUCCUCUUUUUCUUGCACCCAUGCUUCUUAUCAAAUUUUGGUUCUCACAUUAAUUUCCAGGAUAUAAUGUCAGAUACAAUUCUUUUGAAUGUUAGCUUAUUGCACAAGCUUAUCUAUAACAUUUCUGCUCCCUGCAAAGUUAUAUAUAAGUCCAGUUCUAUUGUAGUGCACUAAUUAUCAAAAUUUCUCUCUUUUCUCUGAAGGCGAAGAAGGAAAACUAAAUUUGAACCAUGAUUAUUGAAUUCGGCCACGUCAAGGUUUUGGAGGUUUCCGGAACUGCAAUGCGACCGUGAUUUCGGCCACGGCAACCUAAUUUAUUCACAAUUUUUCGCAGUACAAAGAAACCCAAUCCAACCACCACAGAUAGCGCAACCGCAAUUUAAAACCUCUUGUGUGUUCAAAUUAUUGUCCCCAUGGCUUCCCUUGGCUACCCUAAAACCUGGAUUCCUUAUGUGAACAGCAGAGACUGUUCUCAAGGAAUUUGUAGCGUGUACUGUCCACAAUGGUGUUACAUAAUCUAUCCUCCUCCUCCACCCUUUGAAUACCCUAGCGAUGUUGAUUCAAGCCCAAAUUUCUCCCCUGUGGUUAUUGCAAUCGUUGGGAUUUUAGCCACUGCUUUUAUACUUCUAAGUUACUAUGUCAUCAUAUCCAAGUACUGUGGCCAUAGAGAAUCUAGGGGAAGAGAGAACACUGAACAGAAUGAUGAAUUGCAAGACAUUCAAAAUCAUGAACCAUGGCAAGUUACAAACACAGGCUUACAUGAAGCUCUAAUCAAGUCCAUUGCAGUUUAUAAAUUCAACAAAGGAGAUGGCUUUAUUGGAGGAAUAAUGGACUGUUCUGUUUGUCUUAGUGAGUUUGAAGAUGGUGAAAGUGUUAGACUCUUGCCAAAAUGCAACCAUGCUUUCCAUCUUCCAUGUAUUGACACUUGGCUCAAAUCUCACUCUACCUGUCCACUAUGUCGUUCUUGCAUAUUCCCUUCCAAUAAUGCUUCAGCACUUGAGGUUGCAACACCAAUGGUAGUGGAGAUUCCUUCAAUGAAUAAUGAAGCUAAUUCAGAAAAUCAAAAUGUUGAUGCAAGUGGCAAUGAAUUUGGAAGCAUCAUGAAUCAUGGUGGAACUGAUUCAAAGGCUGAAUUGCGUGCUUUUAGUGAUUUGGGAUGGCAUAGAAUAAUUGAGAUUAGAGAUGAAGUGUGUGAAUCGUUUAGAAGGUCGAUGUCUAUGGACCAUUCUUGUCAAAGUGGUGUUUCAGUUGCUAAUAUGCUGCAUAUGAAUCAAGAGGAAGAAGAUGAAGGGUGCUCUUCUGGUGCUAGUCCAUCAAAAAAAUCAUUAGGAGAAAGUAGCAAGAUCAACUAUAAAGGAAAGAAGUUGCAUUGUGUAUUGAGGCCAAUUUCAAUGAAGAGGUCAUUUUCCAGUGGAAGAUUCUCACAUAGAAAAAGUGACAAAGGAAGGGAGGGAGAUAUUCCUGUUUGAGAAUUUCCAUUUUGUUUAUUUUCUAAGUAUGAUUAAGAAGAUUAAUUAAAGGAAGAAGAUGAAAUUGACGAA